AUGGCCAGCGAGCGUGGCGGCAGCUUCAACUUCAACUACGGCGGCGGGCGCGCCAAGUCCGAGAGCGCGCGCUUCGAGGGCCUGCGCGGCUUCUUCGCCUGGGAGGACGAGACAGACCCCGCGUGGAAGGCCGCGGUCAUGGCCCAUGGCGGCGGCGUGCCCAAGUUUGCGACCAAGGCCGAGUGCGAAGAGUUCGUCAAGGCGCAGUGCGCGCCGGGCUCGAACCCCGACUUCCCGAACCUCCAGCACAUCUUCACGAUGCUCGUGACGUGGAACCAGAUCCGCGAUAUCCUCUUGCCGGCGAUGGCCAUGGUCGACGCCAAGUACCCGUACGUGCCCCACCGGUCGCCCGUCCGUCCCGAGAACCGGUUCGUCGACAGCGCGGUCGAGAGCGGCGUCAC